UGCAGAGUGGGAAGGCAGGACCAUGUGGCUGUCCCCUGCUCUGCUGCUUCUCACUUUCCCAGGGUGCCUCUCCAUCCAAGGCCCAGAAUUGGUGAGGGGUCCAGAGCAGGGGUCGGUGACUGUGCAAUGUCACUACAGCUCAAGAUGGCAAACCAACAGGAAGUGGUGGUGUCGAGGAGCACACUGGAGCACUUGCAGGAUCCUCAUCCGAACCACAGGAUCAGAGAAAGAAAUUAAGAGUGGCCGGUUGUCCAUCAGGGACAAUCAGAAAAACAACUUGUUCCAGGUUACCAUGGAGAUGCUUAAGCAAAACGACACGGACACUUACUGGUGUGGUAUCGAAAAAUUUGGAACUGACCGUGGGACCAGAGUUAAAGUGAUUGUUUAUUCAGGUAAAGCUACCAUGUCGACUUCUAAGCAAAUUUCCUGGCCCACCGUGGACAGCAGGGCAGACAUGGCGUCUUCUGACUUGCAGAAGAGGACCCAUUACAUGCUCCUGGUGUUUGUGAAGGUGCCUGUCUUGCUCAUCUUGGCUGGUGUUGUCCUCUGGCUGAAGCAGUCGACUCAGAAGGGCCCUGAGGAAGAGUGGAGACACACUCUCUGUAGCAAUUUAGACUCCGUACCUCUGGCUAAAGACAUUUCUCCUUAGACCGAUGGAUAAGCAGAGCCUUCCCU